UGAGCUGAGCAACUGCUGAGCAUAUCAACUACAAGAGACGAUAAGGGAAAACUGCUGUCAACUGUCACCAUGAAGGCCACACUCGCCACCAUCGCUGUCCUUGUACUGGCUCUCAGCUGCACCCCUGAGGCUGUGCAGGUUGAAGAAAAUGGAUUGUCUUUCUCACUGGAAGCCGUCAAGAGGCUUCAUGAGCUGACAGAGAGCAGCCGUGUGGCAGGACAACAAAACCCACGACUCAGGGCAAGCAUCAUGUACCUCUGUGCCGACCCUAUGCUCCCACAGGAGUUCCUGCCCCUCUGUAAGCAAAGAGGAGCAUCUGCAUCCCUUGCCAGACUAGCUAUGGUUCCCGUAGAUGUCUGUGAGAUUUGCGCCUUUGCUGCCUGCACCGGCUGCUAAACAACCCCAGCAACCCAGAAGCAUCUUGCCCAGCUAAAGACUUGUGAUUUUUUCCUCCCACUGAAAACUAUUUCAGAGAAUUUCUAAGAUGAUGACUUUAUGUUUCCUGAAUACAGAGGUUCUGGCCCUGGCCCAUUAGCCAAUUUAUAAAUGUUUAAUUAGCUGUUAAACAAACACAUUUAGACAAAAAGCCCCUAAAAAAAUUUGACAAACUGAGGUAUGUUUUUUGCAAACUGUUACUUUGUGGCAUAUUUACUACGUUAUUGUUCUGCUGGUCAUUCUUUAUCAUAUAUUUUAUUUUUGAAAUUUACAUUUGUUACAUUUCUAUCUCAAGCUUUUUUUACAUAUUUAAAAAUUAAGUUUCUUUUUUUCCAUUUGUAUUUUUUUUUAUCAACAUUGUUUUGAAUAAAAAGCCUUCACAGAUGGA